AUGGACUCAAAGCUCGACAUCCCCGCUCCUGGAGGACAUUACGAAUCCGACGUCUCUGAGGGCUACGACGAUUGCCCCCCAGCCUACCGCAGGGACUCGGAAUCGUCGACCGAGCGCUCGCUGUACGACGAGAAGGAUGAAGCUCUAUUCGCGAGUCAAGCAAUCUCCAACCACGCCGUCAUCCGGGAGUACGGAUGGUACCACCCGCGCGUGCUGAGUCGGGGCCUCGUGAUCAUGGACGAUGCCGCGUCGACGCCAACGAGCAAAGCGCCACUGUACUACGUCGAGGUAUCAGAGUUUACGCCCAAGAAGCCCGAUGUGAUCCUGCACGCUUUCCCACACACCACCUCCACAACUACGGUGACGGGCAUAACGCACGAUGAGCUCGACCAUCUAGCCAGCACGGGCGAAUCAGGCCCCGUAGUCGGGGUCGCGCGCUUCCCCAAGCUCUCGCGCCAUAUCACGGUCGGGCUGGGCGAUCCGUCAUUCAACAACUCAGCGAUGACAUACAUCGAGGUCCGCAACGCCAACCUCAUGACUCACGGCGAAUACCACAUGACGCUGGACGGGCGGUCGUACGCGUGGAAGCGGACGCACUCCGCCGCCGCGGGGGUCGAGGGCAGCAGCAACGCGGCGCGACUCAUGCUGCACCGCGAUAGCUUCCAACUCGUCGACACGGCCACCAACGAGACCAUCGCUGUGUUUCUGGACAAUCGCUUCAAGAGCUGGCGGAAGAAGGGCAAGUUGCGCAUCCUCAAGGACCUCGACGUCGACGGCCCCUAUGGACCCCAUGGACCACAGCCCGGCGAUGGGACCAGCACCGCCCAGCAGCGGCUUAAACUACUCGUGCUCGUCAGUAUUGCGGCGAUUCUAGAGAAGGCGAGACGGAGGAGAAAUCGAAGAAAUAAUGGCGGAGGAGGCGGUGGUGGGCCGUAA